GUGCUGUGCUCGACGCCUUCGCCUGCCGUCGUGUCGUGCAAGGACUGGACCGCCAACUGGGAACCACGAUGAGUCCUCGGCGGGACCGGCGGGGAGAUGGGAGAGGGACUAAUUCGUGGCAUGCUUCCCUCUUUUGCCAUCGAUCUGCUUCGCCUUCGUUGUCUUCUUUUUUCGUGGAUGGGAAUUGACGGAAGAAUCGGGAGGGAGGGACACGCGUCCACCGGAGUCUUUGCACCUGUCGGCACCCUUUUGUUCCCCGCUUCCGCGACCGCUACAAAAGCCACCACCUCCUCCCACCAACUCUAGCCAUCUUCUGCAACACCUCCGCGUCGGUCGGCAGCGGCUGUGACCGCCACUUUCGCUUUUACUCGUCCAGCGUUAGCAUGGAAGACGGCAGCCCCUGUUUCAGAAGCGGCCACCACCAAUACGGCAACGGUGGAGGAGCAGGACGGGGUGGCGGCGGUCCGGUGGCUGCUCCCUUCGUGCUGAAGACCUACCGCAUGGUGGACGACCCCUCCACUAACGCCGUCAUUGCCUGGGGCCGCGACAACAACAGCUUCGUCGUCGUCGACCCCUUUGCCUUCUCGCAGCUCCUCCUCCCCUCCCACUUCAAGCACGGCAACUUCUCCAGCUUCGUCCGCCAGCUCAACACUUAUGGGUUUCGGAAGGUGGAUCCCGAUCGGUGGGAGUUCGCGCACGCGUCGUUCCUGAGAGGACAGACGAAUCUGUUGAGGCUGAUAGUGCGGAGGAACAGCGGCUGCGGGAAGAAGAACGAGAGGGGAGAGGAGGAGGGGGAGGAGGAAGAGGGGAUGGAGGAGAGGGUGGCUGCGGAGGUGGUGAGGCUGAAGCAGGAGCAGAGGAGGAUAGCCGAAAGGGUGGAGGAGAUGUGGAGGAGGGUGCAGGAGACGGAGCGAAAGCCGAGGCAGAUGCUGGCCUUCCUGGUCAAGGUGGCCGGGGAUCCCAAGCUCCUCGGCCGCCUCGGCGCGGGGCCGGCGCCGGGCGCGAUCGAGGGAGGGGAGAAGCGCGCUCGGCUCCGGUCGGGGGACGAGUACGAGAGGGUGCUGGAGAUGGAAGGAGGGGUAGGUCGUUGGCAGUUCGACGGGCAGAGUAUGGUGGCGGGGGAUGGGGAGGAGGGCAUGAUGCUGUGCGGUGGAGAUGGUGGUGGCGCACAUCAAUUCCCGGGGACCAGCGAUCCCAUAGGAUUUUAUGGUGGUCCGGUGUGGGUGGGGGGUGAGUUUGGCGGGGUGGAGGGGGACGGUCUCGGUGGUGGAUCAGCAGCUUAUCCCUUCCCUUCUCAUGUGGGGAACGAGUCCUAG